AUGUCGUCGAUCCUCCGAACUCUCAAGCCGAUUGCAAGCUCAGCCCGCCAGGCGUCCAAUAUCGUGGCCCCUGAACCCGUUUGGGACAAUCUUCCUCAUUGCACUCAGGUAAUCCGACUCUCUUUUCCCUCGGAAGACAUGUUGAUUUGAACUUUUGUAGUCAAAAAAACAAAAAGAAGACGGAUAAUCCUGUUAAACAAGACAUGUGAUUUUCGGUUGGAUUGUUUUCUAUCUAAAAUGUCCUUUUUAUCUCGUCUAGAAGUUUUUUUAGUGUCUAUAUAUACCUUUUUGUUUUGCAGAUUUUCAUCAACAACGAAUGGCGCAACUCCAAGAGCGGCAAGACUUUUGCCACCAUCAACCCAGCCACCGGCGAGAAGAUUGCUGAUAUCCAAGAAGGAGACAAGGCCGACAUUGAUGAUGCCGUCAAGGCUGCAAAGGAUGCCUACAAACUUGGAUCACCCUGGAGAACCAUGGAUGCUUCGGAUCGUGGACUACUUUUGCAUCGUUUGGCUGAUCUGAUGGAAAGAGAUGCCUCUUAUAUUGCUGUAAGUAAUUUUCUUUUUGUAUGGAUGUUUAGGUCCAAGAAGCAAUAUUAGAAGUAAUACAUUUUUGAUAUUUCAGAGUCUGGAAAGUUUGGACAAUGGAAAGCCCUAUUCGAUGUCUCUUCUUGGUGAUCUCCAACUCUCCAUCAACUGUUAUCGGUACUACUCGGGGUGGGCCGACAAGAUUGAAGGAAAGACCAUUCCAGUCCGCGGGAACUACUUCACCUACACCCAGCAUCAUCCAGUUGGAGUUGUCGGUCAAAUUAUCCCCUGGAACUUCCCCCUUCUCAUGCAGGCGUGGAAAUUGGGACCUGCUUUGGCAUCUGGAAACACCAUUGUUAUGAAGCUCGCUGAACAGACUCCAUUGACUGGUCUAUACAUUGCCAAAUUGGCUGCUGAGGCUGGAUUCCCUCCAGGCGUCCUCAACAUUGUCCCUGGAUAUGGACACACUGCUGGUGCUGCUUUGGCCGUGCAUCCCGAUGUAGAUAAGGUUGCUUUCACCGGAUCAACUGCUGUUGGACAAAAGAUUAUGAUUGCUGCUGCUCAGAGUAACCUGAAGAAGUAAGUUUUUUUUGUUGUGCGAUGUGUAAUUUCGUAUAAGUGAAACGUUUCAAAACUAAUUCCCAUCUUUCAGUGUCACCUUGGAGCUUGGUGGUAAGAGUCCCAACAUUGUUUUCGCCGACGCUGAUCUCGAAGAAGCCGUCCGUCAGAGUGCUCACGGAGUAUUCUUCAACCAAGGCCAGACUUGUUGUGCUGGAUCCAGAACCUUUGUAGAGCGAAAGAUCUACGAUGAAUUUGUCCAGAGAUCCAAGACUUUGGCCGAAAACCGCAAAGUUGGAGAUCCCUUCGAUCCUGAAACUGAACAAGGCCCUCAAGUCGAUGAGAAUCAGCUGAACACCAUCCUGAGAUAUAUUGAACAUGGAAAGAAAGACGGCGCUCAGUUGAUUGCUGGAGGAAAGAGGGUUGGAGACAAGGGCUACUUCGUCAGCCCCACUGUCUUCGCCGGCGUCCAGAACAACAUGACCAUUGCCAGAGAAGAGAUCUUCGGCCCUGUGAUGUCGAUUAUUCCCUUCGAAAACGACAAAGAUCUCAUCGAGAAGGCCAAUGACUCCAUGUAUGGACUGGCUGCUGGUAUUGUGACCAAGGAUUUGGACCGUGCUCUCAAAUUCUCCUCCGCCCUGCAUGCCGGAACUGUCUGGAUCAACUGCUACAAUGUGUUUGAUGCGGCCGCUCCCUUCGGAGGCUUCAAAAUGAGUGGAAUCGGGCGCGAACUGGGCGAAUAUGCCCUCGAGAACUACACCGAGACCAAGUGUGUCACCAUUGCCGUCGCCGAGAAGAAUUCGUGA